UACCUGUCUGUGGCAAUGACGAAGCCCAGCCCAGGGAUCCCUCAAUUCAUGGAAAUUGGAUACCUGGAUGGGAUCCCCUUUGUUCGCUACAACAGCGAGAGGCGCCGGGAGGAGCCGCAGACGCCGUGGAUGGCGGCUGGACCUGAGCCGGGAUAUUGGGAUAGAGUGACCCAGCGAAAUGAGAGGAGCCGGCUCGUGGCUGCUGCUGCCCUGGAGACAGUGGGGGCGCGGUACAACUGGAGUGGGGGUCUCCACACGUGGCAGCGGCUUUAUGGCUGUGACCUCCUGUCUGAUGGGAGCGUCCAUGGAUCCUAUCGGGACGGCUACGAUGGACGGGAUUUCAUCUCCUUCGAGCUGGGAUCCAGGAGCUUCGUGGCGGCCGAUGGAGCUGCCCAGAUCACCAAGAGGAAAUGGGAAUCUGAUGGGACUGUGGUGGACCAUUUCACCAAUUACCUGGGGAGCAUCUGUCCAGAAUGGCUCCGGAAAUACGUCGGAUACGGGCGGGAGGCGCUGGAGCGCAAAGAGCCCCCUGAUGUCCACGUGUCUGGGAAAGAGGAACACGGGAUCCUGACGUUGUCCUGUCACGCGUACGGAUUCUACCCCGGGAUCAUCGGGAUCAACUGGAUGAAGGGGGAUGAAAUCUGGGAUCAGGAGACGGAGUGGGGCGGGAUCGUUCCCAACAGCGACGGCACCUUCCACAGCUGGGCCAGGAUCGAGGCGCUGCCGGGGGAGCGGGAGCAGUACCGGUGCCGGGUGGAACACGCCGGAAUGCCGGAGCCCGGGAUCUUCACCUGGGAGCCGGAAUCCGUCUGGAAUUCCACCCCGGUGUUGGUCGCUGUGUCCGUCAUCGCUGCCAUCAUCGUCAUCAUCGGCCUCAUCGCAGUCGGUGUCUGGAAGCUCCGAGCCGGGAAGGGAAAGGGCAAUGGAUACGACCCCGCACCCACCAAAAUCACAGCCUAAGUGAUCAUGGAGCUG